CCUCCGUUAAAAGCUUUCUCUCUUUUAAAUUCUACAAAUUUUCAUGGAUUUCAACACACACACGAAUCCAUUUCAAUCAUUCUUCGUCUCCUUCUCUCUGGAAACUUAUUCUCUCACGCUCAAUCACUUCUUCUUCAAGUAAUCUCCGGUAAAAUCCACUCCCAAUUCUUCACUUCAUCCUCUCUAUUACACUAUUUAACAGAAUCAGAAACAUCAAAAACCAAGUUUCGACUUUACGAAGUAAUCAUCAAUACCUAUGUUCAAUCUCAAUCUCUUACUUCAACGAAAUGGUCAAUAAGGGUUUAGUUCCUGGAUCGAAUUGCUUCAACAAUCUAUUAACUUUCGUUGUUGGGUCUUCGUCCUCUUGUUUCAAUCAAUGGUGGAGUUUCUUCAACGAGAGUAAAAGCAAAGUUGAUUUGGAUGUGUACAGCUUUGGGAUUGUGAUUAAAGGUUGUUGUGAAGCUGGUGAGAUUGAGAAAAGCUUUGAUCUUCUUGUUGAAUUAAGAGAGUUUGGGUUUUCUCCAAAUGUUGUUAUCUAUACGAUUUUGAUUGAUGGGUGUUGCAAGAAAGGAGAAAUCGAAAAGGCGAAAGAUUUGUUUUUCGAAAUGGAAAAGUUUGGAUUGGUAGCUAAUGAGCGUACUUAUACGGUUUUGAUUCAUGGGUUAUUCAGAAAUGGGAUUACGAAACAAGGGUUUGAGAUGUACGAGAAGAUGAAGGACGAUGGAGUUUUACCUAAUCUUGUGGGUAAAUUAGGGAAGGCGUUGAGUUUAUGCAGAGAUUUGAAGUCAAGAGGUUUGUCUCCGUCUUUGGUUACGUAUAAUGUUCUUGUUUUCGGGUUCUGUAGAAAAGGAGAUACUUCAGGAGCAGCUAAGAUGGUUAAGGAGAUGGAAGAGAGAGGGAUUAAGCCGUCGAAAGUAACAUACACGAUUCUUAUCGACACAUUUGCUCGUUCAGAUAACAUGGAGACAGCAAUUCAGCUUCGAUCUUCAAUGGAGGAACUAGGAUUAGUCCCGGAUGUUCAUACAUAUAGUGUACUGAUUCACGGGUUUUGUAUCAAAGGUCAAAUGAAUGAAGCGUCGAGGCUUUUUAAGUCGAUGGUCGAAAAGAUGUUAGAACCAAACGAGGUGAUUUACAAUACAAUGAUUCUUGGGUAUUGUAAGGAAGGUAGUUCGUAUAGAGCAUUGAGGUUGUUCAGGGAUAUGGAAGAGAAAGAGUUGGCUCCAAAUGUUGCUAGCUAUAGUUAUUUGAUUCGAGUUCUUUGUAAAGAAAGAAAAUUGAAAGAAGCAGAAGAUUUGGUUGAGAAGAUGAUUGAUUCAGGGAUUGAUCCAUCUGAUUCAAUCUGUAAUUUGAUCUCUAGAGCCAAAACUGAUUCACCUGUAGCUCAAAUAAUUGAUGCGAGCAGUUUUAAUCUGAAUUAAUGUACACAGUUGGUGUGAAAAUUGUUUGAAUUAUCUUCUAUACAUAAGUUUUCUUUUCAUUAGAUAUUGCAAUUGUCCUUC